UCAAUGCAGGCAAGUAUAUAUUUAGCUUACCCGAAUUUGGGUACUACAAAAUGGCAGCCGAGAGUUUAAGAGACCAAGACCUUCUUCUCAAACAGUUGAAAGCCUUUGACGAAUCCAAAGCUGGUGUGAAAGGGAUCGUCGAUGCAGGAGUACUAACCAAAAUCCCAGAAAUGUUCAUCCAUCCGCAAAUAGAUCACGGCCAAGAAACCCAAACCAAGUUCAGUAUUUCAGUGGUGGACCUCACGGACUCAGCUGUUGGCAUGAGCAGGCAUGCUGAAGUGAUUGAUGAAGUCCGGCGGGCUGCGGAGACCGUGGGGUUGUUCCAGGUGGUGAACCAUGGGAUACCUAAGAGAGUAAUGGAGGAGAUACUGCAGGCGAUGCGUGGGUUUCAUGAGCUACCCAAGGAAGUGAAAGCUGAGUACUACAGUUCGGACCCCAAGAGGAAGGUCAGGUUUGUUGGUAUCAAUAAGUUGGCCAGAUCAAGUUCUCGAAAUUACUGGAGGGACUCUUUCAUUUGUGACAUGACUUAUUCUAAGCCUCUGGAUUCUAAGGAAUUGCCUGAGGUUUGCAGGGACAUAACUAUGGAGUACUCGGAGCAUGCUCACAAAUUAGGUGUGACUUUGUUUGAGUUGCUAUCGGAGGGACUUGGGUUGAAACCCGACCACUUUCUAGGCUUGGAAUGUGCAAAGGCACAUUAUAUUCUUGGUUCAUACUAUCCAGCAUGCCCGCAGCCUGAAUUGACCAUCGGUGUUAACAAACACACAGAUAGAAGUUUCCUCACCAUCCUACUUCAAAACCAUGUCAGAGGACUCCAAGUUUUGUAUGAAAACCACUGGAUUGAUGUCCCUCCUAUUCCCGGCGCUAUGGUCGUGAAUAUCGGAGAUCUGUUGCAGCUGAUUUCUAACAAUAUAUACAAGAGCGGCAUUCAUAGAGUGCUUUCCAUGAAGGAAGGUCCAAGAGUUUCUGUGGGUUGCUUCUUCCAGCAUCCACUAGAUUCUGCAGAUAGGAUAUACGGGCCGAUCAAGGAGUUGACAUCAGAAGAAAAUCCCCCAAUAUAUCGUGGAACAACUUUAGCAGAUUACCUACAGGGCCACUUCGUUAAGGGCAUAAUCAAUGGUGUGUCUGGACUGGAAUAUUUGAAGGUGUGAGUUCAACUUGAAACUGUGAAGUUUAGUCAUCAGAAUGGUCAUUGUCUACUACUAAUCGCAGUGAUUAAGUUAUGUAAUAAGGGAUCAAAGUCGUACGUGUUUAUCACUGAUCCUCUCAUUUCACUACAUGUUUGCAUGGAUAUAUUGUCAGAUUAAUACCGAAUAGUACGUAGUCGAGCUUUCUAUUUUGUUGCUAAGAAUAGCGGAAGUGUAACUUUGGUGUAUUUGAUUGUUGCUAGCUAUGACGUUUGCAUGUUGGCGUUUUUAAUCGAAAUUUUUGUAGUCAAGACUCAAUAGCUUCAGUUCACCUAGCUCUUUAUGAAAUAAGGGAUCAAUGUCAUGCAUGUUUACACUGAUCUGAUUUCACUACAUGUCGGACCAAAGAAUAGUAAUCAAGCUGUUAUAUUUUAUUCUCAAGGAUCGGUUCUAUCCGUUCUAUCACUU